AUGGAAUAAAUAUUAGUCCUUAUUCAAUAAUUAUUUGAUCAGAAUGAAUCUAUUCGCACUCAAUCUGAAAUUGAACUCAAUAGAAUAUUUAAAGAUGUUGGAAAUAUUAAAUAAGGUUUUGAGUAAUUACUUCUACCAUAUAGCAAUCAAAAUCUAAAAUUAUAAUAUUUUAUAUUUCUGAAGAAUUUCAUUAUGAAGAAUUAUGAAUACUCUCCUAAUUAUAUUCAAAAAGAAAUUUAGAGUAUUAUCUUAGAAUUCAUAAAUAAAUUUGAUUCUUUUUUUAUUGCAUUUUAUUGCGAUUUAUUAAAUUUUAUUAUUGUAAAAUCCUUACCUUCAUUAGAUAUCAUUUAAUCAAUAAUAAAUCAACCUACAUAUGAUAGUUAUCAUAUUAAAAUAAUUACAGAAAUGAUGAACAAUCCUUACAUAAAAGUUAAAGUAAAACAUACAGAAUAUUAAACAAUUACUAAAAGAAUGAUAGUUUAUUAUAAUUUAAUAGAUAUACAAAAAUUGAAUCUUCUUGUUGAUUUGUACACAUCAUUAAUAUAAUCAAUAUAUAAAUUUGAUGAAACUAUUAAGAGUACAAUAAAUCAUUAAUUUUGUGAAAUCUUGACUUAUCAUUGUCUUGAAUAUAAUCUAUUGAAAAAGUUUGCUAAAGUUAUCAAUAAAUUAAAUAAAAAUGGAUUACCUCCAUAAGAAAUUCAAACAAUGUUAUUUGAUAUAUUGAUGUCAACUUAUAUGUAAAAUGAAAACCAAAGAAUAACUGAUAAAUAUUUAGCAUAUAAAAUAUUGAAAGUUUUUAAAUAAUUAUUAUCUGAUAGAAAAAUUGAAGAUUGGAAAUAAGAAUCAAUUAUAUUUUUUACAAUGAUUAAUUUAAUUAUGUUAGAUUAUGAUUAAUAUGAAAAUCAAUUUAAUAAUAUUGGAGAUGACAGUAAAUAAGAUUAUCUAUUAAUAAAAAUAAGGAGAUUUGGUGCUCAUUUUAUUCAUCAUAUGACUGGAUUUAUUUCAGAAGAUAUUAUGAUUAAAUAACUAUUUCGUUUAAAAGAUUUAAUUAAUGAUGAUUAUUAACAUGAAGAAUUUAAUUGCAUAAAAUUAGAAGCACAUUAUUUUGUAAUAUGUGAGAAUAUUUCUUCAAUUCCUAUGAAUUUAUUUGAUGAGAAAUUCUUUUAAGAAAUAAUAACUAUAAUCUAAACUUCAAAUAAUAUUUACAUACCUUUAAAAAUGCAAAUACUUAAUUUAUUAAGAAAAUUAUUAUAGAAAAAUGUCAUUUAAGAAAAAUAAAUUAAUUUUUUUAUUAAUACUUUAUAAUAAUAAUUGAAUCCAAAUUUAAUUCAAUAUCCUAUGUACAUUUGUAAAAUUGUAAAUAAUCUUAUUUAUUUACAUUCUUUGUAUCCAUCCAAAAAUUUAAUUACACAUUAAACAUAUACUGAUCUCAAAGAUAUAUUUCUAGUCUAAUAAAAACUUAUACAUAAAGAAAAUAUUUUGAUGACUCUUUGUGAAAUAGUAUAAUUAGAAUAAGGAGAUUAUUCUGUUAUUUCAUUAAUUGAAAAUGAAUGGAAAAUAGGAUUAUAAGAAUAACAUCAAUAUAAAUAUAGAUAAAGUAUAUAUAAAUUUAAUUUUAGGAAUGAUAUUAAAUGUUUUUGAGUUCAUUAUCGAAAUUUGGUCAUUAAAUCUUCUAAAUAUUAUAUUUAUUGGUAUAAUUAGAAUAGUUAAAGAUUGUUUAAUUUAGAAUACACAUUUUACUAAAGGUUUAUCUGUUCUUUGUUUACUUUUAAAAAAAUAUACAGCAAUUCUACCAAUUAAAUCUGAUUUAAUUUUAGCAGACUUUUAAUAAAUCUAAACAUUCUUUUUAGUGUCUCUUACAGAUGAACCAGAUUAAUUUAAUCAAAUAAUUUAACUUUAUUAUUAUAUUUUAUUACAUGAUAUUGCUGAUUAUAAUUUAACAUUCUAAUUUAUUUCUAAGCAUACUAAAUAAUUAUAUAAGAAUCAGUAAUUAACCUUAUUAUGUUUGCUUUUUAAUAAUUUUAAAUAGGGAUAAUAUUAAGAAUAGAUUAUUUAAUAUUACACUAACAUUCUAUAAGAAGUGUAAUAAUUAUAAUUUAAAUAGAAUAUAUGAUGAGGGAAGAACUUAUAGUGAAUUAAUUUGUGGAUUAUCUAUCCUUGAUCUAAAUUAAUAUGAUGUAAAACAACUAUUAAUAGAAAUCUAAAAAAAAUUACCUAUCAAUAAUAGUAAUAUACAAAUUUAAUUAUAGAGAUAAUUAACAUUAUGAUUAUCAAAGCUACAAAUUGUAUCAAAUUAAAUAUUCCUAAUUACAUUAAUUAUUUGAUAAACUUCUUUAAUUGUAUGUUAUACAAAUAACAUCUUAUGUAUGAUAUUGAAUAACUUACAAUCGAAAAUGAUGAUACAUAAAAUUUAAAAUAAUACAUUUCUAAAAUGAAAUCCUAUUUAAUUCCUAAUAAUUUUUCAUUAGAAUUAUAAGUUUAAAGAAUAUUUGAAACAAAAUUCUUUACUAAACUUACUUUAUGCUAAGAAAUUGCAAUAAAAUGUAAAUCCUAUUUCAAUAAUAUUUUAGUGAAAAUUGAUAUUAGUAAAUUAUAAAUUUAAACUGAAGAACAAUUAGCUAUGGAGAAUAUUCAUAUUUGUUGA